AGACACAGUAGCCCCGCCUCUUCCGUGCCGGUAGCUUCGCGGUGCCAGUUCGUCGCUCAAACGCGCACGCGCGUACGCAGUACCAGCCGGCGCGUGAGGGUCGUACGCCGCGAGCCGCUUUUCGAGUUGGUUCCUUCCUCCUGCAGGGCGCCGCUGGCCCUUCUCGGGGGCUAUGAAGCACCUGCCGUAUUUCUGCCGGGGCGAGGUCGUGCGAGGCUUCGGCCGGGGCUCCAAGGAGCUCGGCAUCCCCACAGCUAACUUUUCUGAGGAGGUGGUUGAUAGUUUCCCAGCUGAUAUCUCUACGGGUAUUUACUAUGGAUGGGCUUGUGUUGGAAAUGGAGAUGUGCAUAAAAUGGUUCUCAGCAUAGGCUGGAAUCCUUAUUACAAGAACGUUAAGAAAUCUGUGGAAACACAUAUCAUUCACACCUUUGAGGAAGAUUUUUAUGGAGAAAUACUUAGUAUAAUUAUUGUUGGAUAUAUACGACCAGAAAAAAACUUUGAAUCUUUAGAUGCACUCAUAGCAGCCAUUAAAUCUGAUAUUGAAGAAUCUGAAAAAACACUAGAAUUCCCAGAACACCAGAAAUUAAAACAUCACAGUUUUUUUCAGAAGGAUGGUGCUAUCACUAUGGCUAAUGGCCAUUGAGUGAUGCUAGUAUUUUAAUUUUCACCAUUACUGUUUAAAUUGCACUGGUAUUUUCGUGACUGUAUUGCUUUAGAGAAAAACAUUUUAACAUUCCUGCUUAGAAUUGUUUGCUUGCAUUAAAAUGGUUAGAUCCCUAGAGUCUUUUACUUUUUAUGAAUGUACUCUAAUUCAAAUAGAAGUACAAAUGAAAAGUUUUGUCAGAUAUGAUGCACUACGGGCAGUUUUUUUAGGUAAUCAGAGUCUAAGCAAAAGUUAAUUCCCUAAAUGUAGAUAGUACAAGGUAUUUUAAAAAUAUUUCUUAGACUAUACAUUAUCCUUAAUUAAACUAUAUUUUGUGAAUGUAAAUGACAAAUUUAUUAAAUGAUUUUUAUACUGAGGGAAAUGCAUUGGAAAAGUGGAUGUAGCAUGAAUAAUUUCACAGUAAACUUCUGCUUGAUUUUUUCCUUCUUGUUCAUUAAACACUGGUUAGAACCAGAAACAGCUUAAAUCUUUUUAGUCCCCUUGAAUUGGGAAAUCAUGUUAAUUGCAACUAACUGCUGCCAUUGAGUUAAUUGCCACUGAAACAGAGUUAAUUUCCUCUUGAUUCAAACCAGUAUUUCUACUUAUUAGUAGAACUUGCCUGUUUAAUGUACUUUUAACCAAUGAUCUGCAUAUAUCAAUUUCAAAAGAAGCAUAUGAAAUUCUAGGUUAAAUCUCUUGGCUUGUGUGCGUAUUGUGUGAGCUUUGAUAUGUAGUACGGUUAUCUUUUCAUGAUAUAUACACAAGAUGAGGUAUCCAGUUUCCAUUGAAACAGUUCAUAGCUUUAAAAAAGUUCUGUCACCUUAUUCAUGAACUUACCUGUAAUGAUAUAUAAAACUUUCUUUUGAAAUUAAGAUAAUACAUAAUUCUAUUCAUGAAUCAACAUUUUAGAAAUUUUAUUUUAGGUAUGACCAACAAUUCUACAAGAAAAUGUUAAGGUUGCUUAACAAAACUAGAAUUUAAUUAGAUUCUGUUCAGUGUAAGGGAAUAGUAAUUUAGUGUAGUGCAAUAAAAGUUAAGUAUCUCUAAUCUGAUAUGCUUGGGACUGGAGGUAAUUUUUAUUUAAUUUUCCCCCCGAUUUUGGAAUAGUUGUAUGUAAUAAUGUAAUGGAACCCAAGUCUAAACAUGAAAUUAGUUUGUUUCAUACCCAUCUUGCACACAUAGCCUGAAGAGAAUUUCUACAUUUUAAAUAACUUUGUGCAUGAAACAAGGUUUGAGUACACUAAACCAUCAGAGAGCAAAGGUGUCACUAUCAUAUGGACAGUUUUUGGAUUUUGGAGCAUUUCAAAUUUCCAGAUAAGGGAUACUCUAUUUGUACUUUUAUUUUUCACAUAAUCGUUCACAAAAUUUGACAUACAAUUUGAAACAUAUACAGUAUGCUCAUUGAGGGUGGGAUUGUUGUUGCUGACAUAGAUAUGAGAGCACAAACUGCACAUGUAAUUGAGGACCAUAAGUUUAUAGCUUUAAAUGUAAAUAAGUGUCCCAGGGAUCCUGUGUAGGAUACCAUGUGAAUGAAUGCAUGGAGAGCAUGUCACUGUGAUCCACUUUCCCCCAUGUGCAUUCAUUGUAUGUGCAUCAAAUAUGACAAAGGUGCUUCGGUUUUAUGUGAGACUUUCCCCUUGUACAAGGAAAUUUAAGAUCCCUUCAUGUUGUUGAAUUGUGGACACAUCAUUAACAUACCAGGGGCUAGAUGUAAUUCUAAUUACAGCUAGAUUCAUUGAAAGGUACAGGGUGUUUCAAAAUGAUGGACCCAAUUUCAAAGCAAGUUCACAAUUGCAAUAUGUUACAAUUACACAAAAAGGUACAAACGAUUUAAUGAGUUAUCAAGUUUUGCUAAUCCAUUUUUGAGCCAGAAAUAAAUCUAAAGAAAUAACUCUGCAAAUGGGGAAUAUUUCAUUAGACCUAACAUUGCUGGAUCACCAUCUUGUGAAUGACUGAGGUCAGGGGCUAUUUCUGCAUCAGGAGAGACAUCUAGUAAGUAAUCAUUUGAAAAUCUUUCACCCUUUCAAGGAGAAAGAAUUUCAUUCAUGAGAAAUUUCAUUUCAUUCAUCUUUUUGAACUACUGGAAUAAGUACCUUGUCAUCAACACUGAUGUUGGCCCCAUUUUUUUAAAUAGUUUAUUAGUUAGGAUUAAAAGCAGGCUAAGAUCUCACUGUUGUAUCUAGUAACAUUGCCCACAAUCUGGCCCUACUCCAUUCUCCUAAGCAAGGUUUUAUCUGUUAAUCAGCCAUAAAGGGUGGGGUCCCUCACUUUUUCAGCUUCUGUGAACCUGGCAAUUUUGUGAUUCACACCAUACAGGCAACAAGCCAUUACUGGCAAUUUUUAUAUUGCUUCUGUGAGCCUCAGCUCCAGAAAACGAGAAACCCUUUUGUCCUUUCUCAACUCAUUGUAGGGAGGUGGAACUUUCUCAUAACAUACUGAUCUUUGCACUAAUUGAAGUGCUUCUGCUUGGUGUAGAGUUCAGUACUGCUGCAUAAAAAUACCCUUCCUGGCUUAAAAGAGGGGAGCUGCUGUCUCAUACCAUGCUUCUCAAGAACCGGAGCAAUUUCCCCAAUGUAAUUUAAAACAAUAUUAGCAUAUGAGACCAAGCAUACUUACUUACUAGUGCCAUGUUAUGAAAAUGAAUGUGUGGAUUUAUAUAUGUUGUUGCCUGUACAUGUCGUCUUAUUUUAGAAAGUGCCUUCUGAUUGUUCUGAAGGAUUGUGAACACUGAUCAAAGAAUACUUGUAUGCAUUUUUGAUUAUUUGUUGAGAACAUGUGAUAAUGGCAGAAUAAUUAACUGGGGGUGAGAACACUAAAGUAUGGGCCAGAAAUACAGCUUAUUAAUAGAUGCUAAUGAAUAAAUAUGUCAGUGGGUAUGAAAUUAAAGAAGUAUUUAUUGAAUUCUGUCCUUUUAUAUGUCUGUACUUAAAAGUGGAUGAUUCAUUUUAAAAUUAUCAUGGCAAUUUUAUUAAGGGAUUUUAUUUUUGUAUUAAUUUUGUAUUCAUUCCCCACUUCAGGGUAUUGUUAGGUGUGGGAAUUGGUGUAGAAAUUCAAUUCAUGAUGGGAACAAUUAAUAAAAUAAAGAAAAUGUGUAUAUGUCCUGA